AUGAAGCAUUCCGAGGCCCGCACUGACUCCCCUCGGACUCAUCGCCGGUUCUCUGUGCCUUCCAAACCCCUCCUCCUCGACUCCUCUCCCGACAACCUCAAUACUAACAGCAUCCUCUUCGCGCCCAACCUCUUCUACGAGCCCACCUCCGUCCUCGACCCACGCCUCACCUCCAGGUUUGUCACCGCCCCGUCGGCCGCACCCGCCGGCGUCUGCGAACCCCCUCGCCUCUUCCGAGGCGGCGGCAACUCUCACCAACACUUCCCCUCCUCGGACCAAUGGUACACCGCCUCCUGGUUGCUUCCUGAAACCCCUGACUUUUCCCCCCUUCCCGACGACGUCAACCCCUCUUUCCUCAACUCCCACUUUGACAUCCCCUUCGACUCUUUCGCCGCCGGCGACCUCGUUUCGUCGCCGUCCCCCGGCUUCGACCGUUCCCAGCUCGAGUCGCUCAUCCGCGCCGCCUAUUACCUGGAAUCCAACGAUUUCGACGCGGCACGCGUGAUAUUGUCGCGGCUCAAUCAACACAUACCCUCUACGGUGGUCUCCCCUCUCCAAAGAGCUGUCUCUCUCUUCAAGGAGGCGCUUUUGGGCCUGCUCUGCCCCUCCACCGCCGAGCCGCCCAUCCCUGCCCUGGAGCUCGUCCGACACAUCGAUGACCAUAAGGUCUUCUCGGACCUCUCUCCCGUUCCUCACUUCGCCACCUUCACCGCCACCCAGAUCCUCAUCGAGACGCUCGACGGUGGCGCCCGGUCCAUCCACCUCGUUGACUUCGAUUUCGGCCUCGGCGUGCAGUGGUCGUCCUUCGCGCAGGAGCUCGCCGAGAGGAGCGGCGCCUCCCUCUCCUCCCCGCCUGCCGUGCGCAUCACAGCCUUCAUCGCGGAGGAGUCCGCUGAGACGGCUUUUGCGGCGGAGAACCUUCGCGACUUCGCCCGUAACCUCAAAAUCAGCCUCGUCGUCAACUUCGUCCGAGUGGGCGGCCUCGGAAAGCUCGCCCUCAAUGACGUCGUCCUCUCCGGCGCCGGGGAGCCCACGGCCGUCGUCCUCACGCCCUCCGCAUUUCGCCUCUUCGGCAGCGGCGACGGCGCACAGGUGUCCACCGCCACGCUACUCCGCUUCGUCCGCCGUGCAUCACCGCGGGUCGUGGUGUUCGUCGACACGGACGGCGGCGCCACUUCCGGGGUAGCGGUCGCCCACCCCACGCUAUCGCUGCAGCGGAGGGUGUCGGAGGGGGUGGGACACUAUGCGGCGCUGCUGGAGUCGGUGGCGGAAGCGGCGGCCGCGACGGGAGCUGGGGAAGGGGCGGUGCAACAGGUGGCGCGGGCGGUGGUGCGGCCGUGGGUGGCGGCCACGGUGGGAGAGUGGCCGGUGCGGCUGGGCCCGUGGCGAGAGAUACUCGCUGGGGCCGGAUGGGUUCCCCUACACCUCAGCGAGAUUGCCGAGUCGCAGGCCAAGUGGCUGGUGCAGCGAGCCCCGGUGGACGGCCACCACGUGGCGAGGAGAAACAGGGCCCUCGUGCUGAGCUGGAGGGGGAGGGAGCUGGCAUGCACGUCAGCCUGGAGAUGCUAA